AUGAAUCUCUUCACCGGGAAAAGUCAGCUGCUGGCUCUACUUUUCCUCGUUCUCUCCUGCAUUACUCUUUGUCUGUCCUCGCCGACGCAAUCCCUGGCUGAUCCCGUGCCCCUUGGUAAACGUACUUUCCUGACUGUCACUACCUUCGGGAGUAGUAGUGGCCCGCUUCGGCGUCAGGCACCGGGAGACAACCUGAGGAGGUACCAACAAAUCCUCGAUGAAAUUGAAGCCAACCCACAGGUCGAUGUCAACACGGAACAGUCUAAGGCAUUCGACGAUAAGCCAACCGUACUCGGCAGCCAUGGCUUCCAAACGUGCUUCGGCAUAGUGGUUCUGUCCGACCAUGGCGUCAUCCUCGGGCACUACAACCCAAGCCAGACAGAUAUCGACCAAGCCAAAGAACACAUCCCCAAGCUUUACCAGGAGAAUAAGGACAGGCUUGCUGGGGCGACGGCGUACCUUCUUGCAAGCGUUGACUUGUGGACAGAGGAAUACAUCGAUCCGGAGCUUACAUCUGAAUUGGAAGACAUGAUAAACAGCGAACUGGGGCUGGAACCUCACAUCGUGAAAUAUACGGAUCAGUCGAACCUGCUAGCGAAAUCUUCAGACGAACUCAGGGAUGAUGAUGAUUAUGAUGAAUGGGUGGAGAAGCUCAUGCAUGGGGAGAUCCUGGUAAAGCAUCCGGGUGGCAAGGAUCCUAAGGGAGCCGAGCUUAUCUUCGUCCACCUUCAAAUGCAAAAGGAUCCCUAG